AUGGUUUACAAGCUUUCAGCCGUCCUACAGGGACACAGUUCAGAUGUUCGCGCCUUGGCGACCCCGACUAACGAUCUGAUUCUGUCCGCCUCUCGUGACACAACCGCAAUCGCAUGGAAUCGCACAUCGCCUGGAGCGAAGGAGUUCACAAAUGAAACCGUGCUGCGUGCUGGGAGUCGCUAUAUCAACGCCGUGGCCUUCAUCCCACCAACUCCCGACGCACCAAAAGGCUUCGCUGUGACUGCGGGCCAGGAGACAGUCAUCAACCUCUUCGAUCUAUCCAAACCUAGAGACGAUCCCGACUACACUCUCGUUGGACAUACUGAGAAUGUCUGUACCCUAGACGUCAGCCCAGCAGGAACGAUCAUAUCAGGUAGCUGGGAUAAAACAGCAAAGGUCUGGAAGAACUUCUCGCUGGUCUACGAUUUGAAAGGACAUCAGCAAUCGGUGUGGGCUGUUUUGGCUGUUGACGAGGAUUCUUACUUGACCGCUUCUGCUGAUAAAACCAUACGUCGCUGGCACCAGCAUAAAACCGUUCAUACUUUUACCGGUCAUCAAGACGCUGUUCGCGGGCUGGCUUUGGUCCCUGAUAUUGGUUUCGCUUCCUGCUCAAAUGAUAGUGAAGUUCGAGUUUGGACAUUUGGUGGCGACCUCAUAUACUCGCUCUCUGGUCACACUUCCUUCGUCUAUAGUCUCUCCAUCCUUCCGGACGGCAAUGUAGUAUCGUCUGGAGAAGACAGGACGGUUCGCAUUUGGAAAGACGGCGAAUGCGCACAGACUAUCGUUCACCCGGCUAUCUCAGUGUGGGCGGUAUCCACUCUUCCGAACGGCGACAUUGUCAGCGGUGCAAGUGAUGGCGUUGUUCGAGUAUUCAGCUCGGUGGAGGAGCGAUGGGCGUCUGCUGACGAGUUGAAAGCAUAUGAGGAUCAAGUAGCAAGCCAAGCCCUACCGUCUCAGCAGGUUGGCGAUGUGAAGAAGAGCGACCUUCCGGGUCCCGAAGCACUCCUGGCUCCAGGGAAGAAGCCCGGUGAAGUCAAGAUGAUCAAAAACGCCAAAGACGUCGUUGAGGCACAUCAGUGGGACAGUGCUUCCAAUUCAUGGCAAAAAAUUGGCGAUGUCGUAGACGCCGUCGGUCAAGGCCGAAAACAACUCUAUCAGGGCAAAGAGUAUGACUAUGUAUUUGAUGUGGACAUUCAAGACGGAGUGCCCCCACUGAAACUGCCUUACAACGUCACUGAGAACCCAUACAGUGCAGCGCAACGAUUCCUUGAAGCAAACGAACUAUCUCUCAACUACAUUGAUGAGGUUGUCAAAUUCAUCGAAAAGAACACAGCCGGCGUGAAUAUUGGUACAGGCAACGAAGAAUAUGUCGACCCUUACACUGGUGCUUCAAGAUAUCGGUCCAAUGCGGGGACCGCUGCGACAGGCCCUGCGGAAUAUAUGGACCCAUUCACAGGCGCUUCGCGAUACAGGGCUCAACCACAGGCACCUGCCCCCUCCGUUCCUUCGGCGAACUUGGUGGAUCCAUUCACCGGCGCCUCGAGAUACUCUGGUCAGCCAACCGCCUCCCACCCAACAACCAAGAUCCUUCCUGUGUCCAAGUUUGUCAACUUCAAGCAGGCAAACGUCACAGCUAUGCAAGGCAAGAUCCUUCAGUUCAACGAUGUUUUGCAACAAGAGAUUUCCACGUCUUCACUAGCCAUGUACCCCGAUGACCACGACGCUUUAAACGAGAUCUUUGCCAAACUAUCAAAGCUGACCGCGACACCCCCCUCGCCUACGACGCCACUUUCUCCCUCCCAUGUCGAACACAUCGUCCACAUUCUCGAACGGUGGCCUCCUUCGCAACGGUUCCCCAUUAUUGACCUUAGUAGACUGCUGAUAGGCUAUUGCCCUGAAGCAUUUGCUUCUCCGGGCGAGAAAGAGAAGUUCAUUGAGGCCCUCUUCCAAAGUGCGGAAUGGAACGCGCCCUGGACUUCCCCACUCCCAAAGCAUCGUGAAACCAAUAUUCUUCUAUUGCUGCGAAGUUUGGCCAACGCCUUCCAGGAGGGAACUGAGAUCAAUGGUGAAUGGCUGAUGAAACUCUUGCAAGCCUUGGGUGAGGCGCCGUUCACUAUCUUCGGGAAGAAUCAGAGGGUCGCUUUGGCGACAGUGCUAUUCAACAUUUCUUGCGUCUCUCUCACCACUCCUUUGUCGCCCGAGACUCGAAAUCAGUACAUCACUGCUUUGCUUUCGAUCCUCAACACCGAGAAGACGGAAUCCGAAGCAGCCUACCGGACCCUGGUCGCUCUCGGCAAUAUUGUCUACACAAGCAAGCAAGGCUCUCGUCUUGACGAGGCCCAGAUCGCUCAAAUCAGACACUUGUUGGGCUCUCUCCAUGCCACUUUCCCCGAGGACCGCGUUAAAUCCAUCUCCCAGGAGAUAUCUUCAUUGCUCUGA